GUUCCUGGGGUAGAUGGAGCCCUUUCCUCGGCUAUUUCCGUCUCUUUCCGUCCAUGUUGACGUUGGGUUCGUCCCCGCCUCUCCCAGACUGCUUUAUGUCUGGCAGCAGAGACCAUGCGCGGUCGCCAUAUUCCGGAGCACCCCUCCCCUCCAGCCCCGUCACCGCGCACAGCCACAGCAGCGCUGCAGGAGGCUACACACCGAACAACGCUACCACUGGGGAGGACCCGUGAUACAGCAAAACCAACACUACAACAAAACAAGGAUUCACUGAAAUGGAUUAAACACUUGGACGCGUCCGUGAAGUGAUCGGUUUUCACGUCGCCGCGCACCGGAUGAAAGGUUGCCUAGUUACAAUUUCUCUCCUUUAAGCAAAUCCAGCAGCCAAGGAGCCGUAGUGUGUGUUUAGCUAGCCGGUGAUGGAGACUGGCGGCUAGCUCGCUGACUUUACUCUCCUGUCAAGCUAGCAUCCGGUACACGGACAACUUCCUCUGCUCGCGCUGUCCCGCUUUUAGCACGAGGCAUCAUUCCGAGGUAGCUUCUUUUUGCAAAACUAUACACCAUGUUGGCUUGUUCGUAAAUAAGGCGCAGCCCGAGACCGCCGGUGGCACCAGCUGACGUGUGAGGUCGCUAUAGCUUCUCGGUGAGCGGCCACUCGCGUCCUUUUGCCUCGCUAACUGUCACCGGAUCGUCUGGGACUCGUGUGUCUGCGAGAUGCUGUGAAUGUCGGCACAUUGAAAACAGCCGACACUUGGUUCACGUAUUUACUUUUUUUGUGUGUGUGUGUGUUGUCUGUCGAUCGAAGUUUCGUCAAGACGGCGCCGUUAAAUCGCAGCCCUAUUGCGUACUGUCGGAGACCAACUACCCUCCAGAUUCUCUCGAAAUGCAUCACCCGGACGCCGCAGGAGACUCUGGCAGUGUUAGAAAGAUGGCGCACCCGGCUGUCUUUCACACGAGGGGCAGCAACGCGGGCAGCGGGAGCGGCUCUGCGCCGUCAACGCCGGCGAACCCGGUGGUCAACAGCAGUCACGUCCCAGCCGAUGAGUAUCAAGCCUCCCUGUUGAUUCAGUGCCAACCUCCUGCUGGUUCUUCCUCCCCGGGUCCCCAUCAUAUUCCACCCCACAGCCUGAAUCUGCAUCCGCAGCCCACGCAGUCGGUCGGAGCGCAGAUAAAAAAGAAGAGCGGCUUCCAGAUCACAAGUGUGACCCCUGCACAAAUUUCUGUGAGCACCAACAACAGUAUUGCAGAGGACACGGAGAGCUACGAUGACCUGGAUGAGUCCCACACAGAGGACCUCUCUUCCUCUGAGAUCCUGGAUGUGUCGCUCUCCCGGGCCAACGACAUAGUGGGAGCGGAGAGGAGCUCCUCGGAGGAGACGCUGAAUAAUUUCCACGAGGCGGAGACCCCCGGAGCUGUCUCCCCGAACCAGCCUUCGCACCCCAAUGCCCUGAACAAGGCUCAACAGCAUGGCGGGGCCAUAGUGAACGGCACGGUGCACCAUCACCAUCCUCAUUAUCACAACCAUGCCCAUGUUUACCCCCUCUCCUCUGGGCCUGGGAGCACGUCGGCUGCCCUCAGUUCUGGAGCUUCACCUUGUGUCAACCAGAAAAUGCCUUCAAAUGCGGGGGUCCCUCAAGAGAAUGUUUCCCAAGCUGCCCCUCCGGGUAUUGCUGCUCGGCCUGUGGGGGUUGUGGUCCCAGGAUCGACCCCUGGAAUGCACAGCUCCGCUAUGGGCGCGGCCGUUGGCAUAGUUAAUCCCCAGACGAGCACUGUUAGUCAUGUGAAUAUAUUGAGCUCUACCAACGUGCCUGUAAGAGGGGGGAUCAGUGUGAGCGCUAGUAGUGGUGGCUUUCCUCUCAAUGUGAUGGGGAGCACGGGGGGAGUUGGUGCUGCGUCAGCAGGGGGUAACCUGAUAACCGCCACUAAUGUCGGCAUGGUCCAGAAACGCCAAAACACCAACUCCAGCAACAUUAUGACGACAACGUCUGCAGCCAUCGGUGCCUCUGGAGGGGUUGGACUUUCCAGUGGGAUCCAGGGGAGGGUCGGACUUGCUACGUUGCAGCCUGUGACCACUGUGGCCCCAGCCCCUGUACUAUCUGCGCCGAUCCAGCCUGCACCGGCCCCUGCAGUGGCUACCACCAGUUCUCGCUUCAGGGUGGUGAAGCUGGACUCCAGCUCUGAACCCUUUAAGAAGGGCAGAUGGACAUGCACCGAGUUCUACGACAAGGAGGCCCCUGCGCCCAGCUCCUCUGCAUCUGAUACCGGGCCCCUCGGCAUGCGUCACUUUGUCAAUGAGAGUUUUGCCGGGGCCUCGGAGAGGGAAAGCACAAGUGGUAGUUCUGUGAGUAGCACUAUAAGUACAUUAAGUCAUUAUACUGAGAGCCUGUGCAGUGGAGAGGCUGGGGGACCCCCAGUAUCGCGGCAUACCCAUGAUUAUGCCUCCCCUCCUCAGGGCUUUCAAGGAAUCCUCCCCAGUGGCGUAAGCAUGGUCAUUUCCCAACCUCACAUGCACCCCACGGAUAUUCCCCAUUCACAUGUGAAGACGACUGUGGCCCCCUCGGCUCCCACUAACAUUCAUCAGCCAGGCCUCCAGGCCAGUGGUCACCCGACGGCGGCUUUACCAAAUCAGCAGUUCACUUAUGCCCAAGCAGUGUCUAAUCAAUCCUCAGGCACCACACAGGGCCUCGUCAAUGUUCAGCAGCAGGUGGGCUAUGCAACCCUGCCACAGCAACCGUCUGCCACCACCCAAGCAGCCGCAGUGCAGGUGAGGCCACCCGAGUACGCCUAUCCACACCAAGCUGCAGCUUCUCAACCUCUGUCCCACCACGCCGCAUCAGCUAAUGGAGCAUGUCAGAUGAUGGGAGGCCCGCAGCAGUCGCACGCUCUUGUUAACACACAGCCCCAGCAGCCCUCUUCCAUUCAGACUCCUCAUAUUGGACUACCAGGUCUUGGCCAACAGCUUCAGAACCACCAAGUCCGCCAGGAUUGCCAACAGCAGAAGCAGCGACAGUCACUCUCAACACAAAUCCAAAACCCUGGCGUGGGCACCCGUCUGCCCACGACAGUCCACCGGAGCCAAGUGUCUGUCCCAAGUGUGCCUCCUUCCAACCCUCAGAGCGCUCCCCAAACCCACAACACUGGGCAUAGCGGUCGGAUGCUCCCACAGGGGGCUUUACAGAGCCAACUGUCCUGCGCCAACUUGUCCCAGGACCACAGCAGCAUCCUGGCCCUGGCGCAUGCUGCCCAGGCCAGUGCCCUUUACGCUAGUCUGCCCACCUUCACCACCACUCAGCUUCAGGACGCCCAGAGGCUGCUCCUCCAGCACCAGUCGGCUUUGUUGGGGCUGCCCAAACUGUCCGGCGGGGAGACCGGCUCUGGAUUCAACACCGGCCAGGGCCAAGAAGCUGAGGGCAACGCCACUACCGCCAGUGCCUUAAAUGCAUCAGCUGGUCUCAAGACUGUUGAUGGAGAGGAGGAUGGUUCGUCAGGAGCCAGCUUUGUGGCCAUAGACAACAAGAUUGAACAAGCAAUGGACCUGGUGAAGAGUCACCUGAUGUACGCCGUGCGUGAGGAGGUGGAGGUCCUCAAGGAGCAGAUCAAGGAACUGAUCGACCGGAACUCUCAGUUGGAGCAGGAGAACACCCUGUUGAAGACCCUGGCCAGCCCAGAGCAGAUGGCCCAGUUCCAGGCCCAGGUUCAGACCGGCUCCCCACCUGCCCCUCAAACCGCUGCCACGCCGGGACCCCCAAGCAGCUCCGUCCUCGCCCAGCCCAUCUCGCACAGCUCUGUUCCGUCAAUGUAGCCUGCUCUCUACAGACCGACCGGCGGACAGCUUUUCGGCUCCGCUCCAGCAACAGAGCUAAAUAUUGCCUUCUGCAGCAGGAGGUUCUGCAGUCGAGACAAGAAUUUGCACAUAUUUAUCUCUCAGAAGGAUGUAUCCAGCGGGCCGAGCUGCUGUGUGGGAGGGUUUGUUUUCAGAGGAGGAUUGAAUCAUCGAACAUUUGCCAAAUAACCCUUUGACAUAUCAACUAGAAUGUCAUUCCCGAAGAAGCAAGAAUGCUUAUCAGUGGCGACAAUAUACUUGGAUAUAGAUGAAUAAAUACAAAAAAUCACUGUGCCUAUGUCUGGAUUUUAAGUGAUGUCGGCUUUACUGAUGAUGACGACGGAAGAGUAGGAGGUGGGGGUUUGUAUUAGUUACCUUUUUUGCUGUAAAUACAAGUGGUUCUCUCUCAAGGCAAUCGUAAAGGUCGUAAAUCGUCAGGCUGGAGAUUUGAGAGGGAGAGAGAGAGAAAAAGCCUUCUGCUGAGUGACAAAUGAAGAAUGUGAGCAAUUGUUAUGACAAAGUCCACAUCUGGAAUGACGGAGUUGGAGGGUGGGCCGGGGAGAGACUUGGCAGCAUUGAUGACGUCACUACACCCGUGGGUUGGUGGGAUGAACAAAACGGGGUUUCCUAUUGAGAUGACGAUAUUCUAUUUCAGUAUUUCUCUUUCAAGCUGCUCAUUUUGCCCUCAACAAAAGCUCAUCAUGACUGUUUUCGCAACCCUGCAGCGGCAUGUAAUUUAAUCCUUAUUUGACAGGGUUGAGACUUGAGCUAAGCUGCAUUUUUUUUCUUUUUCUAAAAGUUUGAUGGGCAGAAGAUGAUGUAUAUUUCUGUAUAGUGUAAGUACCAUGUAAAAUAGUGAGGAGAAGGAGAAAAACAACAGAGCUUAUCUUGGUUGCACGGGUCGAAGCGGGCGAGCGAGGAACACGCUGGUCUUGCCCCAUCUGUGUCGUCUAUUUUUAAUGCUGUAUUUUCAAGACUGGAUGGACAGGAGUUUAUGUUAUUUAACUGACGACACACGGCCAACAAUGUUGUCCAUAUCUCUGACUGCAACAAUACCCGUAAAAUAAUUUUCACUUUUCUUUCUGGAGUAUUGCACCUUUAUGAUUUUUUUUUUCCCUUUUCAUUUGACAGUGAUGUACCUUUGGAUCAAAAUAUCAUAAAACUCCAACAUAAAAAAAAAAAACACCACCGCAAAUACAAACUCUCAAUGUUUGUUUUUCAUUCUGUGUAUCGGUUGUAUACUCGUGUUCUGUGCAUGUUUCUGCAAUGACCGGAUGAGAUAUUGUAACAUACAUACCACAAUUGCACUUGACAGCUGCACUUCACAACUUUCAAUAAACAUGCUUAAGGAAGAAUAAAA